GGGACUACAAUGAAGCCGCGGCGCUGCUAUCGAGUGAGGGUGAGAAACUGCGGAUGAGCAUAGUUACGCUUUUUCUUGGUGUAAAUCAAUGUGGUCAAGAUGAACAUGAAUGUCGAGGAAAGCACUAUAAUAUUCGCGUUAUUGAUAUUUAACGGGGUGCACAACAAUUGUCACAUUUCUGCUAGACUCUAAUCAAUAGCGCGAGGAAACCGAAAGGAUUUUGACAUUCCUGAAAAGCGAGGGUGGUCACGCUUACCUGCGAGAGCAGAUCGAACAGGCUUGUUUAGCAACAUCUUCCGAUGCAACAUCUGAAGGAAUCCAGAACAGCUCAACAGCAGCCUCGAGACGCAUGCGAGC